CUCGCACUUUGUCCCGCGCUACCUCCUCCAUUUGCGACUGCCGUUGCCGCCGUGGUACUCUUUACUUCCUCUCCAAUUUGUUUCUUCUGAGAAGAUCAUUAUUUUGUUUCUCUCAUGUUAAGGGAAGUGCUUAUUUGAAUAAGCAAGCUGGCUGCUGUUAAAAGAUUUCUAGUGGCCUUGGAUGAUCUGAGAUUGUCAAGAUAUGAAUUGUUAGCCUGGAGCAGGUAACUCAAGCAAUCAUAUUUUGGAUGUAUUCGUCAUGUUGAUGGAACAUGUGAGAAGACUAACAACCUUAACACCAACCAUUAACCUCUCCAUAUUAGAGACGAACUUACAUCGAUGUCAAUGGCUGAAACAAUUCAACCAGAUUCUGUCACAAAUGAUCCUCACUGGCUUCAUCAGAGACACCUACGCCGCAAGCAGGCUCAUCAACUUCUCUACUCACUCCAAUUAUAUUCCUUUCCAUUAUUCAAUCAAAAUAUUCAAUCACCUUCACAACCCCAACACCUUCAUUUGGAACACUAUCAUGCGUUCCCACUUGGAACUUCACAAUUCACCUCAUCAAACUCUUAAAUUUUACAAACUCUUUGUCUAUCAAAACACUUCACCUGAUCAUUACACCUAUCCAAUUCUCCUCCGGUCCUGCACUGCCCGUGUAUCAGAACCUGAAGGAAAGCAAAUUCAUGACCAUGUUGUUAAGUUUGGUUUUGAUUCUGAUGUUUAUGUUAGGAACACGCUGAUUAAUUUGUAUGCUGUUUGUGGGAACAUGGUGAGUGCACGUCAGGUUUUUGAGGAAAGUCUCGUGUUGGAUUUGGUUUCCUGGAAUACCCUUUUGGCUGGUUAUGUUAAUUUGGGAGAUGUUAUGGAGGCGGAGCGUGUUUAUGACCUGAUGCCGGAGAGGAGCACCAUUGCUUCUAAUUCCAUGAUUGUGUCAUUUGGAAGAAAGGGCAGUGUUGUGAAGGCGCGAAGGCUUUUUGAUCAGAUUCAAGGGAAGGAUAUGGUUUCUUGGAGUGCAAUGAUUUCUUGUUAUGAACAGAAUGGAAUGUGUGAGGAGGCAUUGGUUUUGUUUGUGGAUAUGAAUGCUAAUGGGGUUAUGGUGGAUGAGGUGGUUGUGGUUAGUGCUAUCUCUGCUUGUACAAGCCUAUCGGUUGUUUGGAUGGGGAGGUCGGUGCAUGGUUUGACAGAAAAAGUUGGGAUUCAAGAUUAUGUUAGCCUUCAGAAUGCAUUGAUACACUUGUACUCAAGCUGUGGGGAGAUAUUGGAUGCUCAGAAACUUUUCAAUGGUGGCAUCGUGUUGGAUCUGGUAUCUUGGAACUCGAUGAUUUCUGGAUACUUGAUGUGUGGUUUAGUUGAGGAUGCUAAGACAUUGUUUGAUUCCAUGGUUGAGAAGGAUGUUGUAACUUGGAGUGCUAUGAUAUCUGGUUAUGCUCAACAUGGAUGUUUCGCGGAGGCUGUGGCUUUGUUUCAGGAAAUGCAGCUUCUUGGAAUUAAGCCGGAUGAGUCUGCUUUAGUGAGUGUCAUCUCAGCCUGCACCAAUAUGGCUGCUUUGGACUUGGGUAAAUGGAUUCAUGCAUAUAUAAGUAAAAAUAAAUUGCGGGUUAAUGUCAUUCUGGGCACGACCCUUAUAGAUAUGUAUGUGAAAUGUGGAUGUGUUGAAAAUGCAUUAGAGGUUUUCCAUGCGAUGGAGGAGAAAGGAGUAUCUACCUGGAAUGCUCUCAUUCGAGGAUUGGCAAUGAAUGGUUUGGUAGAAAAGUCACUUAACAUGUUUGCAGAUAUGAAAAAAACUAAGACACUUCCUAAUGAGAUAACAUUUAUGGGAGUUCUUGGAGCAUGUCGACACAUGGGCCUAGUGGAUGAGGGGCGCCGCUACUUUAGUUCAAUGACCCAAGAACACAAGAUAGAACCAAAUGUUAAGCAUUAUGGAUGCAUGGUUGAUCUUUUAGGACGUGCAGGUUUGCUUAGAGAAGCAGAGGAACUGAUUGAGAGUAUGCCAAUGGCGCCUGAUGUGGCUACUUGGGGUGCUUUGCUUGGGGCUUGUAGAAAGCACCAUAACAAUGAAAUGGGAGAGAGGUUGGGAAGGAAACUCAUCCAGCUUCAGCCUGACCAUGAUGGUUUCCACGUAUUAUUGUCAAAUAUAUAUGCUUCAAGAGGAAAUUGGGGCGAUGUUUUUGAAAUUAGGAGAGUUAUGGCACAACAUGGGGUGGUGAAGAUACCUGGUUGUAGCAUGAUCGAAGCAAAUGGAAUAGUUCAUGAAUUCUUAGCGGGAGAUAAGACACACCCUCAGAUAAAUGAUAUUGAGCAUAUGUUAGAUGAAGUGGCUGCAAAAUUAAAGAUUGAAGGAUAUGCACCAAUCACAAGUGAGGUUUCACUAGACAUAGAUGAAGAAGAGAAGGAAACUGCCCUUUUCAACCAUAGUGAGAAGCUAGCUGUUGCCUUUGGACUGAUCACUAUUCCCCCACCAGCUCCGAUCAGAAUAAUCAAGAAUUUGCGCAUAUGUAAUGAUUGUCAUACUGUAGUAAAGCUAAUCUCCAAAGCAUUUGAUCGUGAAAUUGUAGUAAGGGAUCGUCAUCGUUUUCAUCACUUUAAGCACGGUUCUUGUUCUUGCAUGGAAUUUUGGUAGUAAAACUGUAUGUGCAAUUAAAGUGAACGUGUAUCCCUUCCCAUGCCAUGCUUAAGGAAAAUGCGCUGAACUCAGAAUCUUUACAGUGUCCUGUUCUCAAAUAUGGAAGCAUGUAGCAUUGAAGAUCUUUCCAGAUUUGGUCCAUGUCAUCGAUGUCGAAUCAAAUGAUUUUCAUUCUUAUGCUACAAGUGAUUUCCAAAAGCUGUCGUUGUUAGUAUAGGAUGAGGGCAUUGAUCCAUUUUUCCUGAUGCUGAUGACAAUCUUUGCAGCUUCUGAACUUUGAAGAGAAUUAUAUAUAAGGAAAUCAAUUACAACUUACAAGAGCUGCAUAUAUCCUUGUAUUUUUAUCUUCUUUACAUGUGUAAAAGUAGUCAAGUCCAAGAAGCCGAAGAGUUGUGGCACAUGUAGAAGAAAGACCAAAUCCAGUUUUAAAAAUUGGUGUUUAGAUAUGCCAUUGAAAGAGUCUGAUCGUUUCCAUUGAUUUUGGAAACAAUACAGGUGUGCUGACAAGAACACCAUGAAGAUGCCUCGGAUGUCGUUACUUUUCUCAUUUUUCUCUUUUUCUUCUUCCAUCGGUAUUUAGCCGAUUUUAAAUUAAUAAACGGAGUGUGUGCUUGUUGUUUAUCAGAGAACUUGGUUUUGUGUUUCUUAACUCUUAAGUAACAACUUAAAAUUGAUACUUAUGUAUCCCAUAUUUAUUACGAGGAAAACAUAUUGUCAAUAGCAGAUGUUCUAGUGCAAACCCAUGCCUAAACAACUCUAAUGCAAUUAUUUUUUGCUGCAAUACUCAUGCUUGAGGUGCAUGUUCCUACUCCUAGUCUUUAUCUCCCAAAAUAUUUGCUUGCACUUGAAAUUUGAUUGAUAAUUCACAAGGAAAGCAUG